AUGACCUACUUUUACAGGCUGGGUCGCGCCAUCGCGAGGCCCUUAGCGUCUGUGAUGCUAUCGGAGAACAUACAGCAUGAGCUUGCCAACCUCUCCGCCUCAGCUUUGGAAGAACUAAUGGAGCGGAACAGGCUAGGCGGACGAAGCGCAGACGACCCGAUCUCCGGCCUUGUGCAGCGAUUCAAACUAUGCAAGCAACCAAACACGAAAUCGGACUCAGGCGACGAUGAUCUUGGCGAACCACCGGGGUUCGUCAAGACCUCUGACGGUCUUGCAUUCUCUCCUAGCGGACACCAUAUCUAUGCAGGAGGUCCUGGCAACGCUAUAUGCGUCUGGGACAUCGAAACAGAGCAGUUUGUCGGUGAUCCUUGGAAAUUUCUACCAACGCCUCCGCUGUCCUUCACCGUCGCCCCAGAUGGGACAAAGCUCGCGACUAGCAUGGACUCAAGAGAGAACUUCGGAAUCUGGAUAUGGACUGUUAACUCUCGAGAGGCGAUCCAGUGCCAAGGGCAUGAAGGUCGUAUCACUUUCCUUGAGAUCUCGCCUGAUGGUCAAUGGCUCUCUAGCACGUCAUACGAUGCGACGACCAGACUAUGGGAUGUUCACACAGGAGAGGCCGUGGGGGAAUCGUUGAAGGAGCACAGUUACGGCAUCGCAGCAAGUGCUCACUUCACCCCAGACGGGCAGAAACUGGUCGUCGCACUUGGUGAAGACAAGGUCGGGUCUUAUCAGAUAUGGGACGUCUCCUCCUCUCCGUUCACUCUGGCGGUCGGACCUGUGCAUUUGACUCACAGCGUCGAAACGACACGACUGUCGCCUGACGGACGGACGCUCGCGUUCGUGACUCUUCACGGACAGGUCAUCGUAUAUUUCCCGUUGGGGCCUAGUUCUCUCGAACGCGCCGUCCUGGACAACUCAAGCAUAGCAGUCGCAUUUCCCCCUGAUGGACGCAACCUAGCCAUCAGAGCCAUCUCGGAUGGCUCCCGAUACCUCCAAGCCUGUAAACGCAGCAGGCCGCCAGGUGACAGUUCAAACGAGUACUUCGAGGGAAUCAAGUUCAUCAAGUUGGUCUCUGGUCCGUUCAUGGGUCCUAAUCAAUUUCUAAGUCGCGGGCUGGCAUUCUCUCCUACUGAACAAUAUGUUUGCACUGUUUCGCAUGACACGGGCGAAUUCUUCGUCUGGGAUGCGAUGGCGGGGGAGACCGGGGUUGACAUGUCAGCCACGGCCCAUUGGCAGCGUCGUUUUGAGGAAGAGGAGAAAGAAGUGCUAGCUGCGAAUCGUCCGCCGGCCGACAACAUAUCGUUAGACGAAGAGCUUCGUAAUAUUUCUGCCAUCCCUACCUCUAGUCGCGAGAAGAGGGCUAGAGAUAAAUUUUGGAGCGAGCAAGAAGGGCAAGGCGACUCGCAGACGGCACAUAACCCUGGCUCAGAGGUGCCCUGA